UGAUAUUCAGUCGAAUAGAUCCGGGAGGAAAGCUUGUUAUGGGAUUUCGAAAGGCAACGAACAAUGCUGACAUGCAGGAUCCUCAACCGUCUAUCCUUCCCAAUGUCCUUCCCAAUGGCAGUGGCUUUGCAGAAACUUCAUUCACUGGCAUGACCGAAAAUCUUCCGAAUGGAGGCAGGACUAGUGAUGAUUCUGUGAACCGGCAAGUGCCGAUUUCAGAGAAGAAAAAGGCAAGAAACAUAGGGUCCAAAAAUAAGAGGCUUCUUAUGCAUGCUGAUGAUGUUAUGGAACUUAGAAUCACUUGGGAAGAAGCACAAGAAUUGCUACGGCCACCUCCGACUUCCAAGCCUACCGUUGUUGUGAUUGAGGACUAUGAAUUUGAGGAAUAUGAAGAACCACCAGUAUUUGGAAAGAGGACGAUAUUUACUGCCCGAUCUUCUGGGGAUCAGGAGCAAUGGGCUCAAUGUGACAGCUGCUCUAAAUGGCGUAGAUUGCCGGUGCAUGUUCUCCUUCCUGCAAAGUGGACUUGUUCGGACAAUAUUUGGGACUCAAGAAGAUGCUCUUGUGCUGCUCCUGAUGAGAUUAAUCCGAGGGAACUGGAAGCUCUCUUUAGAGUUGGCAAGGAUCUUAAGAGGCGAAAACUUGUAGAAAACAAUGAAGAUUGUGAGCCUUCUGGUCUAGAUGCCUUGGCAACACUUGCUGUUUUAGGAGAUAAUAUUGGUGAUUUGGGAGAGCCUUCAGUUGGAGCCACUACUAAACAUCCUCGGCAUCGCCCUGGUUGCAGUUGCAUUGUUUGCAUUCAGCCUCCAAGUGGAAAAGGCAAGCACCAGCCGACAUGUAAGUGCAAUGUCUGCUUGACUGUGAAACGUCGGUUUAAGACACUCAUGCUACGUAAGAAGAAGAAACAAUCAGAACGAGAAGCGGAGCUUGCACAGGCGAAGGAUCAGGUUCCUCCUAAAGAUGGGUCAGAAACAGACGGGGCAAGUGGAACUGAUCAUUUGCUUCAUAUGAAUCAAUCCGAGAAUGAACACAUGAAUCUUUCAGAGAACGAAAGGGAUACAAACGGGGAUCAGAUGGAGGAGUUUGGAGCCGGAAAAGGACAGUUGGACCUGAACUCCCACCCUAAUCGCGACGAUGACAUGCUAGUCGAGGCCACUGCUGGAAUGACCAUGACAUCCCUUGUUAAUGCUACCAACCUUCCACUGGAGUAUCUAACACAGAACGGGCUCGAGAGCUUGGGAGACUCUUUGCUCUCACAAGCUGCUGGUGAGAGUGAACGAAACCACCCUGAUAAUGGAUUCAUGAAAACUGCAGAUGCUGAACAAGAGAAUAAAGGUGAUGAAGGGUAAAUUCCCUAGAUAUUUUAUUUCUUUUGUUUAUUCAAUUGUUUGAGCUUUUGUUAAGAUAUAUACAUAGUGUUGUUUCACAACCCCAUAGUUGUUGCUCUAUACAUACUCACAGUUGAAGGAGUCUAUUUUGUCCUCCCUUCCUUCACUUUUUGUGGGUUCUCACAUGUACCUUCUAAUGGAAAAGGUGUUUUUGUUAAUCU